GGGGGAGCCGGCGCCACACGGGAGCCCGGCACCGAGCGGAGCAGCCUCGUCGGCUCUGCUCCCAUUGGCGUCCCCCCCUUUCCCCCGGCCUCCGCCCCUCCCGCGCCAGCCCGGACCCCACCCCCUUGGUUCCGACCCGGCGGGGCUGCGAGCUGAGCCACUGGCGCCCGGUUCGGUUCGGGCGGUCCCGGUCCCGGUCCCGGUCCCGGCCCUGGAGCAAGGGGACGGGGCGGGGAUGCUGCUCUCCAAGAUCAACUCGCUGGCCCACCUGUGCUCCGGGUCCGGCGGGGAGCUGCACCCGGCCAAGCUACAGCCAGGGAAGGACAAGGAGCCCCUGGAGAAGCUGUACCAGGUGGGCCCACUGCUGGGCAGUGGUGGAUUUGGUUCUGUCUACUCGGGCACCCGCCUGUCGGACGGCGCCCCGGUAGCCAUCAAGCACGUGGCCCGGGACCGGAUUUCUGACUGGGGGGAGCUGCCUGGCGGGAGCAGAGUGCCCAUGGAGAUCUUGCUCCUGAAGAAAGUGGGCUCGGGCUUCCGGGGGGUCAUUCGGCUCUUGGACUGGUUUGAGAGACCGGACAGCUUCGUCUUGGUUUUGGAGCGACCGGAUCCUGUGCAGGACCUGUUUGACUUCAUCACAGAGCGGGGUGCUCUCCCUGAGGAGCUGGCCCGCAGCUUUUUCCGCCAGGUUCUGGAGGCGGUUCGGCACUGUCAUAGCUGUGGGGUAUUGCACCGGGAUAUCAAAGACGAGAACAUCCUGAUUGAUCUGAACAGCGGGGAACUGAAACUGAUAGAUUUUGGGUCUGGGGCAUUACUCAAGGACACAGUGUACACUGAUUUUGAUGGGACCAGAGUGUACAGCCCCCCAGAGUGGAUCCGCUAUCACCGGUAUCACGGCAGGUCGGCAGCAGUCUGGUCUCUGGGGGUCCUGCUGUAUGACAUGGUCUGUGGGGAUAUCCCCUUUGAACACGAUGAGGAGAUUAUUAGGGGCCAGGUCUACUUCCGACAGAGGGUCUCUCCAGAGUGCCAGCACCUCAUUAAAUGGUGUCUGGCCUUGAGGCCCUCCGACAGGCCAUCCUUUGAAGAUCUUCUAAAUCAUUCUUGGAUGCAAGAUGUCCUCUUGCCACAGAAAACAGCAGAGAUCCACCUGCACAGUCUAAUUCAGGAGUCUGGCAAAUAGCAGCUCCUCUCAUCCAUUGGGUGUAAAAAGAAAACUCUCACCAGUGACUCUCUGCCUGUUACAUGGGAACAUUCAUAUCUCAUUCCAGAGCUCAGCUAACUGGAGAAUCUUCUGAGAGGCUGGAGGUUACCAUCCAUCUCAGGUGGACUGGUCUUGAACUCGUUAGGUCCUGCCUUACUUGAUGUCUUGCCAGUAGACUUUUUUGAUGUCUUAUGGGCACAUCUAUGAGUGUCCCUGACCUGCUGAGUCCUGGAAUAUGAACUGAGUGAGGACCAGAGAAUUAGCAAGAACAUUUUUCUUGGGGGAAAACUGGCUGUGGAGGGGGAGGGAAGGUACAGAUUUGAAUAGCUGUCUUAUUCACUGUGUCACCGUGUUCUGAGUGCCUUCAGUUGUGAUCUGGGCUGUGCUGGGGGAAAUACUUGAAUCUUCCUACACCUCUGCUUCUCCAAGAUUCACUUGGGUUUAUUUUAUAUUCCCCUUCUUAAGGAACAGGUCAGAAGCAGCCGCGGGUGAAACCAAUGCACCCUGGCUAGUUGUUUCCAAGGUAUGCUGUUAGCGGGACCUUUCCUUCCUCAGCUCUUUGCUUUGAGCCUCAGAAGCCAAGGCGUCCUCACAGAUGCACAAACAAUGCAACCCAAUAGAGCUGUAAAUGUGUACAGAAUUAUUCAGGAGCGAAGCUUGGUGUACAGAGGAUUGUAGUUUAUAAUGGUAACAUUUUUACUCUCUUGUUUUAACUUAUUUUCAGGGGGUUGGGUUAUUGUUUGUUUGUUUGUUUUUGUUUGUUUGUUUUUUAAGGAAAAUGUCCUAACCUGUAGGAUAACUUAUUUAUUUAUUUAUGAAUCGUGGGUUCAGAGCCCAUGCCUGGCUUCCAUAGCUGCUGAGCUGGUUUCCAAUUCGGGUUCCCCCCCCUCCCCCGAUUGCACUCCCUUCUUAGAAUGCUCUGUUAAUGUCUCACCACUGUGUGGAGUGGCCGACCGCCUCCCAGCUGUCUGUAAAUAGUUCUGGCUGCCAGUGUUCCUCUUGCACGCGUGUGUUCAGUUGUUUUAAAGGCAUUUCCACGGGUAUUUGUCUGGGCUGGAGGGGGACGUCACGUGCGCAUGUGUAUAUAGCACUGGUUUUGCCGAGCUGUCGGGGAAGGUACCCUGGACUUCAACACUGUCAAGCCUGUAUAUGUAAUCAGUGUGUAGUCUGCUGCUUUUGUUAAUAGUUAAUAUUGUACAGGGGAAUUCAGAAAUCCUAUUUUUUUUAUACAUGCAGUUUUAAAUAAAAAUGAAUCACUUGA